AUGACUACACUCCUACUCCACUACUCCACCUCUAUAGCUGGCUUUGUGAAGUCUCCCCUGUCUGAGACCAAACUAACAGGCGACACUUUUGAGUUGUACUGUGACGUGGUCGGUAACCCGACCCCAGAGGUCCAGUGGUGGUACGCUGAGAUCAACCGGGCCGAGUCCUUCCGCCAGCUCUGGGAUGGUGCCCGUAAACGUCGCGUGUCCAUCAACACGGCGUACGGCACCAACGGCGUGAGCGUUUUGGGCGUCACGCGUCUCGGUCUGGAGGAUUUUGGGACGUACGAAUGUCGGGCCAGUAAUGAUCCGAGGAGAAACGAUCUGCACCAAAACUCUGCCUGGAUCAGAGCACAGGCUACCAUUACUAUGCUGCAGAAGCCUUCCAUCAACUCGUCGGACCACAUCAUGCUGCCCACUGAUCGCCACAGCCUGCCCAUCACUUUACAGUGCAACCUAACUUCAGCCCACAGCGCCCACAUCGAGAGCUUCUGGAUGAAGAAUGGGGAGGAGAUCCAAGAGACCCGCGGAGAGAGAGCCAACACUGAGUACUACCUGAAGAAGCCCCGAGGAGAGGAUGCAGGGGAGUACAUGUGUGUCUACACCUUCGAUCAGGCCCCGUCUGCUAACGCCACCAUCGAGAUUAAAGCUGGUCCUGACAUCAUAGGCCACAAGCGUAGUGACAAUAAGAACGAGGGCCAGAAGGCCUUGCUGUACUGUAAGUCCACUGGCUACCCCUACCCUAUCUGGACCUGGCGCAAACUGGAUAACGGGUUCUACAUGGACAUCAACAACUCCUCCGGCCGUUUCUUCAUUAACAACAAAGACAACUACACUGAGCUGAGCAUCAUCAACCUGGACAUCGGCUCCGACCCGGGGGAGUACCAGUGUAAUGCCACCAACAUGAUCGGCACCUCGUCCAUCGUGUCUGUGCUGCGGGUCCGGAGCUACCUGGCCUGGCUUUGGCCUCUGCUGGGCGUCCUGGCCGAGGUCAUUAUCCUGGUCGUCAUCAUCGUGGUCUAUGAGAAACGCAAGAAGCCAGACGACAUACAAGACGAUGACGAACCAGCUGGACCAAUGAAAACUAACUCCACCAACAACCACAAAGACAAGAACCUUCGUCAGAGGAACACAAACUGAGCAGAUUG